UUGAAAAUUCGCUCUACAAAAUGAUCCUUUCACCCUCGGAAGAUGAAGGUUGCGUCACGGAGAAAGAAGAAACACAAACGAAGGAAUCUGGUUUUACGGCCUUUAGACCUUCCGGGUUGAUUUACAGACACAUUAAACAGCUAACAAAUGCUAAACUGAUACAUUUGGCAAAACGCAUGAUAUGCGAAAAUACAGUUUGGGCACAUAAUGAGGCACUAAAAAUCAUUUUAAUACAACUUAGAAGCAUACCGCCAUUAGGCCAUAUCGCAGAAGAUCUCAUGCUUGCAUUUAUACAUCUACUACAGAGGGACCAUAAGUCAUGUUUAGAUGAUAAAAAACCGUAUGAUAGCGCACAUGAUGAUAUGUUUCACAAAUUCCUCUCCAUAUCCGGAAGUACAUCACCGUUCCUUAGACCAUUAAUCAUGACACAUGCUACACGUAUAAAGGCAUCAAAUGGAAAUAUAUAUGAAAUGAUGCAUCAAAUCAAAAGGAAUUGCGCCGAGUGGAAUCUUGAGAAACAUUAUCUAGCACAAUAUUACAAGUGGAUUGUGAAUCAUGCGGAGACAUUAACUAACUAUGACGCUACAUUAUCAAACAGCUAUAUUGUGGAAUUGGAACAUAUUCUCAAGUCAUAUGCGGAGUUGAAGUCACUGCCAAAUGAAGCAUUGUUUAGAUUAUAUAUUGAAGCGAAUACCACGGAUACACUGAAAUCAAAGGAAGUGUUAGAUGAAUUCAUUGAACUUUACCCUAAUGUGAAUUACUUGAGAAAGUACAGGGCGAUGUUGUCAGAUAGGAAGCCUAAAAAAGAAGACAUAACAAUGCAUGCGUACAACUCAGCUAUGGAUAAACCUAGUAUGCACUUCGCCAUGAAGCGGAAAAAAUCACUUGAUACUAGGCAACUUAUACUCCUGCUAUUCGAUAAAACGAUUGUGGAGCCUAAUGACAUUGUUAACUGGGAACGGCUGUUAUAUCACCUACUUACUGAAAGACCAUUAAAUGAAAUGCUAAUUAUUGUUGACGAUCUGUUUGAAACAGAUCUAAAGAGAGCAAAAGUGCUCUUCACCGAAAAAGGAACGUGGGCGCAUUAUUUAAGAGAUGAUGAAAAUAUCAUCAAAUACUAUUUGGCCACCGGAAAAAUUAUACAUUAUAAUAACUUUCACGAAUAUGCUGACAUGUAUACUGAGGUUGUAAGAUUAACGAAAGUAAAGCUAAAAAUAAAAGAUAUGGAUACGAACCAUCCCAUUUGGAAGCAUUUCAGAGAUGCCAUCAACAUGGUUUAACUUGAAAUUACAAUUUCGCUAGGAACUAUACAGCU